UAUAGCGUAUGAUUUCGUUCAAAUCUGCCAAAAAAUUGGCAACAACAAUAUCGAAAACAUCAAGCAAAACCGUGUCACUGUCAAAACGAAAUAAUUUUACUCGAAUUAAUUGAUUUUUACCAGCUCUUAAAUGAAUUCUUUAAACGUUUACAAAGAUUUCAAUUUACUCUUGUCCAAAUGUACAAAAAUGAGAGUCGCUGCUAAUUUCUGCCAAGCCACUGAUCCGAUUCAACAAUUGUUCGUCGACAAAAUCAGGGAGUACAACGAAAAAUCCAAAGGGGAACUGCUGGAACCGUCGGAAGAGAUAACCAAAAUGCUUCAGCAGGAACUGGAAAAAGUCGACAAGACAUUCGAACGCGCGCCCAACGAGGACAUGACCAAGUUCCCGAGCUUUGAAUGGACCGAACCGAAAAUUGAUCCCGUCGUCGAGGAAGAACCCAAGGAGGCCAUGCCGAAAGUAAGGGACAUAACUGAAAUCAAAGACGACGAGAAAGGCGAUAAAGGCGAUAAAGGCGCCAAAACCGAGAAAGGCGAGAAAGGCGGGAAAGAUGAGAAAAAGAAAUGAACUGUUAUUGUAUUCGUUAGUUUUUCUAUUAAAAACAAAAAUAACCACA